AUGGACGAGAAGGAUACCAAGAUGGCCGAAAUUGGCAACAAGUCGCCAGACCCACAGCUCGAAACUGAAAAGAACGACAACAUUCAAGUUGCUCCUGCGCCCGAUUACUCUGCACCAAAGGCCCGGACAGAGCAGCUUGAAGAUGCGAGAGGAUGGGAAUCUGAGAAUUUGAUCCAGGAUCUUUCAAAGCAGCUUGAGCAGACCAAUUACAAGAAAGGAUUUUUCGAUAUUGAAUUCAAAAAUCCUAAGCACUUCACAUGGAUGCUUAUUGUUUUUGCCUCCAUGGGUGGUCUGCUCUCUGGUCUCGAUCAGUCGCUUAUUUCUGGUGCCAAUUUGACACUUCCCGGCGACUUGGGUCUUACCGAUCAACAAAAUUCGCUCGUCAACUCUGCUGUUGCUGGUGCUUUGCUCAUCUCGCCAUGCAAUGAGUACUUUGGUCGCCGCUGGGCCAUCAUCAUUUCCUGCAUUCUCUAUACCAUUGGUGGCGCUCUCGAAGCUGGAGCCAUGAACUACGGAAUGAUUGUUGCCGCCCGUGUCAUCCUGGGAGCUGGUGUCGGUCUCGAAGGAGGUACCGUCCCUGUCUAUGUCGCCGAAACCGUCGAGAGUAGAAUGCGUGGUAACGUUGUCUCGCUGUAUCAAUUCAACAUUGCGCUAGGGGAAGUUCUUGGCUACGCCGUCGCUGCCAUGUUCAUCAAAGUCCCAGGAAGCUGGCGCUAUAUUCUUGGUUCCUCGCUAGUGUUCUCCACCAUCAUGGGUAUUGGUAUUCUCUUCAUGCCGGAAAGCCCCCGAUACCUGAUGCACAAGAAGCAGCCUCUUGAGUCCUUCAAGGUAUGGAAGCGUAUUCGAGGUAUCUCUACACAUGAGGCACGCGAGGAAUUCUUCGUUAUGAAAGUCAGCACCGAGAUGGAGGAGGCUGAGGUGGCCGCUCAGCGCACCAACCGUUUCCCAUGGAUGGACUUUUUUACCAAAUCCCGACCACGACGCGCCAUUAUUUACGCAAACAUCAUGGUUUUUUUGGGACAGUUUACCGGUGUCAAUGCAAUUUUAUAUUAUUUAGGAGUUUUGAUGUCGCAAAUGGGCUUUAAUACCUACGAUUCCACAUAUGUUUCGCUGGUUGGUGGAGGCUCGCUUUUGCUUGGCACAAUCCCCGCUAUAUUCCUCAUGGAAACCUGCGGACGACGUUUCUGGGCUAUUUCCAUGCUGCCUGGCUUCCUCGUUGGUCUCGUCCUAGUCGGUGUCUCCUACCAAAUCACUGAUCUCAGCGGCAAACUCGCUGUAUACUUUACCGGCCUGGUCCUGUACAUGUUGUUCUUCGGUUCCUACGCCGCACUUACUUGGGUCGUUCCAUCUGAGGUCUACCCUACGUACCUUCGGUCCUACGGGAUGACUACCUCGACUGCAUGGCUGUUCCUCUCCUCCUUCAUCAUCACCUACAACUUCACUGGCAUGCAAGAGGCCUUUACCAAGACAGGUCUUACCAUUGGAUUCUUUGGUGGCAUCGCUGUUGUCGGAUGGUUCUACCAGAUUUUCUUUAUGCCAGAGACCAAGGAUCUUACUCUCGAGGAAAUCGACCAACUAUUCCAGAAGCCAACCAGACAACUUGUCAAGGAGAACAUGAAAAGUUCUUGGGAAGUUACGAAUGAUCUGUGUCAUUUCAGAUUCAGGAAGGUAUUUAUUGACAACAACCGCAGGCGCGGUCGUGAGGAGUAA